AGGCCAUGCAGAUCAAGUCACCUAAACUAGCCGGGUGUGCUCUGACGAUCUACUGGAGCAUUGAGGUGACCAAUGAGGGGGAAAUCACACCCAAGAUAGACCUCCUUACCAAGAUGCCUGAGAAGGCGCUCGAGAUGGACAGCAGGAAGGUGAUCGAGAAUGCCCCCGACUCCUUCCAGAGUCUUCUGAGGAUCCUCGGAGCAGAGGCUUCUAUUGACACUGUAAUACAGUCCGUGGCUGUUUAACACGUUUCUUUCCAACUUUAAAGGAAUAUUUCCCUCAAAACUAAAAACUAAACAAACAAAAUAAUGUUUUUAAUUGUCUGAAGACUUGGUCAAGAAACCUCCAGAACCCACAUUCUCUGUCAUCAGUUUAUUAAAUAUAAACAAUUCUUUACUCUCAAACAUUUAUAAAUAUCUGUUAAUGCCAUCUGUAUGUAUACAUGUCAAUAUAGCAUUAGUUGAAGAUCUAGAAAAAUAAAAAGAUUAUAAAUACAAAAUGCUAAAUAGCAACGUCCAA